AUGUCCCCUUUGAAUCCAAACUACACGAAAUUCGAUCUAUACACUCAGUUGCGUACCAAUUUAGUUUUGACGGGAGACUCAUUUGGAAUCCAGUUAGUACCAGACGUAGUACCAGAGCGUAAUCGACAGGAUGCUAGCACAAUAGUCAUCAAAGUUGGUGGCUGGAUUCCUGGUUUUGGUGGCCGUGCAUCACAGGAAACGCGGCGAAAUGACUCAAAACUCCGCACAGCAGAAGUAGGAGUAUUUCGCGUACUGGAAGCAUCUGGCUUUGCUACGGAUGGACAAGUCCCUUGA